AGACGUGGUGUAUUUUGUGCCUGUCACCUCUGAAUUCAUAGAAGACGUCAUCAAGCGAGAGAGACCUGAUGGACUGUUGUUGUCAAUGGGCGGACAAACUGCACUUAAUUGUGGUGUGGAGUUAUUCGAUAAUGGAGUGUUAAAGAAGUAUGGUGUUCAGGUUCUUGGGACGCCUGUUGAAUCCAUCAAAGCCACUGAAGACCGACAAAUAUUUGCUGACAGACUAAAAGAAAUCAAUGAAAAAUUAGCUCCAAGUGUUGCUGUUUACAGUGUGGAAGAGGCUUUGAAAGCAGCCAUGACCAUCUCUUACCCAGUCAUGGUGAGAUCAGCAUACGCUCUUGGAGGACUGGGAUCUGGAAUCUGUAAGGAUGAGGCAAAGCUAAAAGACGUAGCGAAAAGAGCUUUUGCCAUGUCAAAUCAACUUCUGAUCGAGAAAUCAUUACUGGGAUGGAAAGAAGUGGAAUACGAGGUGGUUAGAGAUGCAGCCAAUAAUUGCCUGACUGUCUGUAACAUGGAGAAUCUCGACCCCUUGGGGGUACACACGGGGGAUUCUGUGGUGGUAGCGCCAAGUCAGACACUAUCAAACAAAGAGUACCACAUGCUGAGAGAGACGUCUAUUAAUGUCGUGCGUCACUUUGGAAUUAUUGGGGAAUGUAACAUUCAGUUUGCACUCCACCCAACUUCUCUGGAGUAUUGUAUAAUUGAAAUCAAUGCAAGACUCUCACGCAGCUCUGCUCUUGCUUCGAAGGCAACUGGGUACCCACUAGCGUUCAUCGCGGCUAAACUGUCGCUAGGAAUUCAGCUGCCUGACAUAAAGAACGCGACUACGCAGCUGACAACAGCAUGUUUUGAACCGAGUUUAGAUUACAUCGUUACUAAGAUUCCUAGAUGGGACCUGGACAGAUUUCAUUUGACCCCGAAAGAAAUCGGCAGUUCAAUGAAGAGCGUCGGCGAGGUGAUGGCCAUUGGUCGUACUUUUGAAGAGAGUAUUCAGAAAGCCCUUCGAAUGGUGCAUCCAUCUGUUGAUGGCUUCGUUCCUAAGAUUCCAAGUGGAAACAAAGAUGUUGUAGAUGGAGAAGCGUUUGAAGAGAAUCUCCGUGUGCCCUCCAACACGCGUGUGUAUUCCCUAGCCAGGGCUUUUGAGAAGGGUUACUCGGUUAAUAAAAUUCACGAGUUGACAAACAUCGAUCCCUGGUUCCUUUACAAACUAAAGGAAAUCAUCGACCUUAGCAAUGACUUCAGCAAGCUCAAAAUCGAUGAAUUACCCAUAGAUCAACUAAAACUAGCCAAACAGAUGGGGUUUUCUGAUCGACAACUGAGCAGGCUAAUGGGAACAGAUGAGAUGACUGUCAGACAAAAUCGGAUCAACCAGGGAGUAAAGCCUUGGGUUAAACAGAUCGAUACGAUGGCUGCUGAGUAUCCCGCCAAGACUAACUACCUUUACAUCACCUACAAUGGCAGCGAGAACGAUCUGGCGUUCGACGACCAUGGGGUGAUGGUGUUAGGGUGUGGUCCAUAUCAUAUUGGUAGUAGUGUAGAGUUUGAUUGGUGUGCAGUAUCUUGUAUUAGAACACUAAGGGACCUUGGAAUGAAAACAGUGGUUGUGAACAACAACCCAGAGACCGUCAGUACAGACUAUGACGAGUGUGACAGACUUUAUUUUGAGGAACUGUCCCUGGAACGGGUACUGGAUAUUUAUCAACAAGAGGGAUGUCAAGGAGCAAUUAUAUCCGUGGGAGGUCAAAUACCUAACAACUUAUCUUUGCCGUUGUUCAAAAAUGGAGUCAACAUCCUUGGAACUUCACCUCUGAUGAUUGACGCUGCCGAGGAAAGGUCACGAUUCUCUGAGAUCAUAGAUGAGAUUGGUGUUGACCAAGCACCAUGGAGGGCCCUCUACUCAGUGAAAGACGCCUUAGAUUUUGCUGCUACUGUCGGUUACCCAUGUCUUCUGCGACCUUCCUACGUAUUGAGUGGCUCAGCUAUGAAUGUAGCCUAUGGUCCUGACGAGCUGAGAGGAUUCCUGAGAGACGCUGCACGAGUAUCUGAGGAACACCCUGUGGUCAUGACUAAGUUCAUCCUUGGAGCUCGAGAAAUCGAAAUGGACGCUGUGGCCAAGAAUGGCCAGGUCAUAUGUCAUGCUAUCUCCGAACAUGUCGAGAAUGCUGGUGUUCAUUCAGGAGACGCCACCCUUAUCUUACCACCACAAACUGUCAGCCUUGAAACUAUUGACAAGAUCAAAGAUGUGACUCGUAAGAUUGCGCAAAGGUUUAUGAUAUCUGGUCCGUUCAACAUGCAGUUUCUCGCUAAAGGCGAUAGAAUCAUGGUCAUUGAAUGUAAUCUCCGUGCUUCGCGAUCCUUCCCGUUCGUGUCCAAGACGCUUGGUGUAGAUUUUAUAGACUGUGCUACAAAAGUCAUGAUAGACCAUCCUCAGGAUCUGGACAAACUGCCUCACCUUAAUACCCCAAUAAAACCAGAGGGUUAUGUCGGGAUAAAGGCACCGAUGUUUUCUUGGCCUCGUCUUCGCGAUGCUGACCCCUUGCUGAAAUGUGAGAUGGCUUCUACUGGAGAGGUUGCGUGUUUUGGCAAAGAUCUUCAUUCCGCGUUCCUCAAGGCAGUCAUGUCUGCUGGCUUCCGCCUUCCAAACAAAAAUAUCUUGAUCGGUAUACAGCAAUCGUUCCAGCCAGAAUUCCUCCCCACGGCUCACAAACUCCACAAGUUAGGAUACAACUUGUACGCAACAGAGGCCACUGCCCGGUACUUGAACGAGCACGGAAUCGCAGCCCAGCCUGUCGAGUGGCCCCUUCACGACAAAGGAGAACACCCCAACGUUACCAAACUGAUCACAGAUAAGAAGAUAGACAUGGUGAUCAACCUACCAAACCAUAAUACCAAGUAUAUCAAGGAUAACUAUCUGAUCAGACGAGCUUCUAUCGAUUCUGGUGUUCCACUGGUUACCAAUUUUCAGGUCACUAAACUCCUUGUGGAAGCUUUAUCCAAGAAAGAAGACCUCGACGCAUCAACACUUUUUCAUUUUCAGUCCAAGCGUAAAUUUUCUCCCUAGCAGAGAAGGGUUAACCUGCAGCGAAUAUCAGCUCAAUUUUAUUUCUACUAAAAGAUCCUAAUAUUAUAAACGUAAAUGUUUUUAGGAAAAGUACCUUGGAAGAAAGAUUUGUUAGUCUAAUGAGCCAAAGGCUUUAGGUUUAGAAGUUUGUUUUUUUAGAAGUAUGAUCGACACUAUAAAUAUAUACUUCACGGAAYCCUUUUGAUGAGGUAAAAUAAUUUGCAAUGUACACAUAUCAAACAUUGAGUGUCGUAUUUCCGUGUGUCUGUUGUCUGCGAGGCAGAUCCACGAGUUAGCAUCGUUAGCAUCAUCGAUUUUCCAAAGUUUUUCUUUCUUUUUUUUUUUUUUUGUCUUUUUUUUCCAAAAAUGUUCAUGUCAAAUUCAUCAUAAAACGACGGCCUUUUUGUUCGCUGCUUUUCCGCACAAUCCAAAUAUGGAAUUGAUCAUACCAUAUAUGGAGUGAGCUUUCUCUACUCCAACUUCGACACUAACAUAUAGAGUACGGUAGAAACUAGAUAAACUAGUUAGAGUACGGCUUGAUAUGGGUCGUUCCCCGAUAAAUCCACUCUCAUAUGUUUUGUCUUAUUAUGAAAUUAUCACGCAUUGCUAUGAAAAUUGUACUGUGUAUAAACAUUUAAAAAAAUAUCUAAAUUGUCCUCGUUUAA